CCUAUUUAAGACCAGCCUGCUGCCUUUUGAGGCAAGUGUUGAGUUCAGUAGAGGCUUUGAGUUAUAAAGCUCUGAGGUGGUUUGAAAGCAGUUUUUCUAUAGACUGGUGGGAUGCUGGGAGCUGGUUACUAAGAUACUCCUGACGGAGCAGGAUUUGGGCUUCUUGCCCAACUACCACUUCCUCGGUCUUUUUUUUUUUUUUUUCUUUCUCCUUCUGUCACUACUUGCAUUAUAGGAGAGGUUUUCUGUCUGAGUGGCUGCUAUAAACCCCAGCCAUGGGGAAUGAAGUUAGCCCAAAGAGGCUGUGUGCAUCAAGUGAGAAAUGUAAGGCUCAAGAGGCUGUGGAGGGAAGUGGGGAAAUGCUUCCUACUGCACAAAGCUCGCAAGAGGUUACAGCAUGGAUUGACCAGAGCUGGUCUUUCCCAGAAGAGGCUUUGCAAGACCCUGGCAGUGCUCUUACACCAGUAACACAGGAGGCAUCUGCACAGACAAUGGGGAAGACUGCAGUGGAUCAGUCCGCUCAUCGUCUGAGCCUCGGGCAAAGGCUGCAAGUUUGGAUUGGCAAGGUACCACGAGCCAGGGAUGUGGUCCAGACUUCAGGUGAGGUGCUACAGGGAACAGAAGCCAAGCCUCCUACAAAGGUAACGCAGGACAGUAAGCCUGCUCCCAAAAACGUGAGACAGCCUAGAGAAGCCCCAACUGCUGUAGAGAGUACAGAAGAGACGGCCAAGCCUGGGCUUGUUGCAUACCCUGAUUCUGAGACUCCAGCUACUCCACUAGCUAAACAAGGGGUACAUGCUAGUGCAUGGGCCACAGAUAAGGCUGAAAUGGAUCUGACUGCUUCAGAGGUGACUGAGAUUUGGCAGUUGAGGUCUUCACAGGCACCUUCUACCCCCAGCAAAGAAGUGACUGAAGAUGCUGAGCAUAGUUCACAACCUGCAAACCCAGAAACUGAGGCCCUAGUGGAAAGCCAGACCAGGCUGGAAGGCUACCUUGCUGUGUGCAAGAGAUUGUACAACCUACUGCUGACACCAAGCCCACUCUGCAGGUGGCUCAAGAAAGCAAAAUCCAGCCCAAAGCAGUGACUGCCCUUGUACUAACCCCUGACUGUUCAACGUGCUUGUCUUAUGAGAUGGCAAUACAGAUCCUCCACUGAUCAUGCAAGAGACUCCAUGCUACUCGGCUGAAGCCCAGCCUGUUCCAUGUACAUGUACCCAAGCAAUUGAAGUUCACAAAGUUAAAUUAGGGAAGCCCAGUCUCCUGCAGAGAUGCACCUGACAGCACAAAAGGAAAUAAAACUACUCCUGACUAGCAACUGAUUAGAGGAUUUCCUUCCAGAUCACGCAGCUCUGCCACUACCCAUUAAAGAAACAGGGCUGAGACUAGGAGACUGAGACUUUUUUUUUUUUUU